CCGCAUCAGCGACCAUAUCUCGCUUCAUUUUCACAUUGGCUUUGCCUCGACCACAUCUCCCAUGAAGCUCAUCUUCCUCACCGCCCUCCUCGCCACCGCGUCGUCGGUCGUCGCGCUCCGAAUGUCGGACACAGACCGCGCCGCGCUCGCCAAGGAACUCGAGCAGUGGAAGUCGAGCCAUGCGGGCAAGUCGGCCGAGUCGCUCGGUCUUCUUCCGUCCCAGAACACGGAAGAGGCGCUGACCGAAGAAGCCAAGCUCGAGGACGAGCUCACGCGCUUUGCCAACGCCAAGGAGGUCGUCGCCGACCUCAACAAGAAGCACCCGGGCGCCAUCUUUGACUACAACAACCAGUUUGCCCUUCUCAACGCACACGAGUUCCAGGCGUACGUCAAGGGCUCGUUCAACAAGGAGCAGGCGCGCCGCGUUCUGCGCGCCGAGCGCGAAGAGACCACGCUCACGCAGUCCCAGAUCGAGGCCGCCGACAAAGACUGGACGACGAGCAAGUGCAUGCCGCCGGUCAAGAACCAGGGCAGCUGCGGCAGCUGCUGGGCCUUUGCCACCGCCGGCGCUUCGGCCAUGGGCCACUGCAUCGUCACGGGCAAGCUCCUCGACCUCUCGGAGCAGCAGCUUGUGAGCUGCGCCAAGAGCGCAGGCCAGGGUUGCCAGGGCGGCUGGCCCAACAAGGCGCUCGACUACAUCUCGUCGACCGGUCUCUGCUCGGCCAAGGACUACCCGUACACGACCAGCGACAGCGCCUGCAAGUCGUCGUGCUCCAAGACCAAGCUCAGCAUCGGCAAGACCGUCGACAUUCGCGGCGAGAGCGCGAUCCAGAAGGCGCUCGACACGCAGCCGAUCUCAGUCACGGUCGAGGCUGGCAACGACGUCUGGCAACAUUACAAGAGCGGCGUCGUGCAGAGCUGCCCGGGUGCGCAGUCGGACCACGCGGUCAUUGCCGUCGGGUACGGCACCAAGGACGGUCAACAGUAUUUCAAGAUCCGCAACUCGUGGGGCGCCAACUGGGGCGAAGCUGGGUACAUGUACCUCAAGCGCGGCGGCGGCGGCAAGGGCAUGUGCAACGUCGCGGACGGCGGGUCGUACCCGACGUUGAGCGGGAAGCCAGCGAACAACCCGACCGACAGUCCCAGCGACGAGCCGAGUGACUACCCCAGCGACGAGCCCAGUGAUUCGCCCACGGACGAGCCUAGCGACAGCCCCACGGACGAGCCCAGCGACAGCCCCACGGACGAGCCCAGCGAUGCACCAACCGAGUACCCGUCCGACGACGGCUCGAUGACGGACAUGCCGACCGAGUACCCGACAGACGCGCCGACGACGCGCCCGCACACCAAGCACCCGCGCACCAAGCACCCGAAGAAGCCGCACACCAAGAAGCCGUGCCCGGGCGCGUCCAACUAA